UAAAUACAUUACUUGAUUAAAGUAUUUUUUAACAAACUAGGUAAAAGGUACGAAUUCAAGUUUAUGGGCAUUGCGUUCUAUUGUAGAUUAAAUAUCUAAAACGAUAACUGCGGUUUGGCAAACGAAAAGGAGGUGUUAAAUUCCCCUUUUAAACAGUGACUGAAGAAUUCUUUAGCGGGACAAAUGCACACGUAGUGUUGUGGUGACCGUUAUCUGUAGAUAAAGGACGCGUCUGUCGUGAAUGCAUGUUUUUUUUUUAAAUAUAUAUAAUGGACUUUUAAUGUGGACUCACCAGGUGACAAUGAAAUGCAAUAUGCACAUUUGUUACUGUGCGCUCAGCUAUUUUAUUAGGUGUGACAUAUUUGCAUUGGUACAUUUACUGUAUAGUGAAUUAAAGAUUUUCUGGUACCAUAAAUACAAUACAUAGAAUUGUUUACUUAAGAAGAAGAAGAACAAGAUGAAAAGGAAGAACGCUCUAUACAAUAGCUCUUUUCGGGACACUCCACUCAAAGCGCUUUACAGGCGAGAUCUCCAAACUUUCACAAUGCUGCUUAAAAUGUCAGUCUCCGUAUUCCUCCUGAUCUGCAUCUUGGUAUCCGCAGUGGAAGAUGUAGGAGCUGGGUCCAGCUUCCUCAGCCCUUCUCAAAAACCCCAGGCAAAGCCAGUAAGGAAGCCUAUUAACAACAAAGUGGGCCGUCGCGAUUCAGAGGCUGCUAUGGAUAUUCUGGAAAGCCAGCUAUAUGAAGAGGAAGACAGCAAGGAAAUAAUGUUCCACACACCUUUCCAAAUUGGAAUUGCAAUGUCAGAAGCUGAAUACCAGGAGUAUGGACAUGUAUUGCAAAGAAUCAUGGAGGGCAUACUUGCAGAUAAUGCAACAGAAUAACUGCUUUUGAGGACUUUGCCACAACUGGAUUUCCAUUCCUCAUACUUUUCUGAGCAGAUAAUAUGGAAUUGCUAUUUUGUGUUUAAAUGUCAUUCAGCUAAAAAAAUGAAUAAAAAUGCUUAAUCAAUA